CAUCCUCAACAUCAUCAGCCUCCACAUCACCAACCUCAAUAUCAACAUACCCUCCUCGCCAUCUUCAUCAUCUUCGACAUCACCAACCUCAAUAUCAUCACCCCCUUCACACCGUUCCCCUCACACUAUCAUCAUCAACCUCACACACACACGAGUGCAUCUUCAACAUCGGUCCAUGUACGUGGAUUUUUGUCUACAUAUUAGGAUCUCCCUUAGAAACGGCUGACAUUGAGGGGAGAGACGGGGAGAGAACUCCGUGGUGGAGGAGGACAUUGAGAACCCUCUGGAGGAGAUCCAGCAGAAGGACCUGGAGGACUUCGAGGAGAAGGUCCUGGUGGAGGCCCUGGAGAACUACAUUGAGAAGGCUCCUGGAGCAGCCCCAUCGGAGGACAAUGCUGGAGGACGUUUGUAUGGAAUUGGACGACGGAGUCCAUAACACUGGGUCCAUGGAUCCCAUGGGGACUUGCGACCCCUCAGGUCUCGAAGAUCCUGGUGACCAUGGUGAGCCGUUGGACGGGUCCUCCAGAAGAUCACGUGCCAGAACGUCAUCCCGCCUUUCGGCCGAUGCUGUGGAGGAGCUGGGUCCCGAGGAGGUCAGAUGGUUCUACAGGGAUGAGCGCAAGGCGUGGAAGCCUUUCAAUGGCUACGACUCGUUGCAGGUGGAACUUGCAUACCGUAGGUACCACGCUAGCGCUGGUGGAGGAGUCGGGGAGGACACAGAGCCGGUGUGCGUGAGGGGUGGACUUUACGAGGUGUCGGUGGCGAGCAAGGAAUGUUAUCCAGUCUACUGGCAAGAGGUGGAGAGGGUGGCGGUGAUGCGGGGACAGUGGUUCGUGGACGGCACCUGGCAGCCGCUGGAGGAGGAGGACAGCGACCUGAUCGAGACCGAGCACCUGGCGCGGUUCCGCGGGCAACCGUGCCAUCCGGCACCGCUUGAGGCAGAGCAGGAGCAACCGCCGCCGCCACCACGGCCGGAGAACCGAGACGUCAUCCACAGCCUGCAGUUGAACCGUAGCCACGUGGACUGGAAUGGGGUGGAUGAGGUCUACCUCUACAGUGACGCCACCACCUCCAAGAUCGCCCGCAGUGUGGGCCAGAAGUUGGGGCUGUCGAAGGCAUCCAGCAGCGGCACGCACCUACAGAGGGGCUACGUGGAGGAGGCUCUGGUGGAGGACCGGCCUCCAGACGUGUCUCACCUGGUGUUUGUGGUGCACGGCAUCGGCCAGAAGAUGGACCAGAACCGCAUCAUCCGCAACACCAACACGAUCCGGGAGGCCGUGCGGCGGAUGGAGGAGCGCUACUACCCGGUCGUGGCCCAGACGCGACGCGUCGAGUUCCUGCCCGUCGAGUGGAGGUCCAAGCUUCAGCUCGACGGUGACACGGUGGACUACAUCACGCUGGACAAGGUGCGGGGUCUGCGGGACAUGCUCAACAGCAGCGCCAUGGACAUCCUCUACUACACCAGCCCUCUGUAUCGCGACGAGAUCCUGAAGGCGCUGCAGAGUGAGCUGAACCGCCUGCACGCACGCUUCUGCUCGCGCAACCCGGGCUUCGUGGCGCAGGGCAGCCGCACGUCCUUGCUGGCGCACUCGCUUGGCUGCGUCAUCACCUACGACAUCAUGACCGGCUGGAACCCCCUGCAGCUGUACGAGCGCGUGCUGCAGCGUGGGGAUCGCGAGAACGACGGCGGCGAUGAUGGCGGUGGGGGCGUCGGCGGUGCCGAUGGUGGCGGCGUUGGUGGUGGUGGCGGCGGCAUGGAGUCGCCGCGGGAAUGGAUGAGCCUGGAAAAACGCGGACUGCUUGACGACCUGCGCAAGACGCGAGAGAGGCUGGACCAGUUGGAGCACAGGCUGGUGGGUGCCAGCCAGCGAUCAGCACUGCGUCUCCAGUUCCAGGUGGAGAACUUCUUCUGCAUGGGGUCACCGCUGGCGGUGUUCCUGGCCCUGCGAGGGGUACGACCGGGGAGCAGCGGCUCCCCCCACCAUAUCCUGCCCAAGAGCGUGUGCCGCCGCCUCUUCAACAUCUUCCACCCGACCGACCCAGUGGCCUACCGCCUGGAGCCCCUCAUCCUGCGCCACUACAGCGCCAUUCAGCCGGUGCAGAUCCACUGGAGCAGCGCGGUGAGCCGGCCGCGCUACGACUCGCUGCGGCCCGUAUGGAUGAGCGCCGACGGUGGCUUUGGCGGCGGGGCCGGCGGCACGGCGGCGGGGCCAGCGUGGGAGCCCGACAGCCCCGUGAGCCCCGGUGGCUCCCCGGCACUCCCGCGGCGAUACUACGGCGAGUCGCUCACCAACCUGGGCAAAGCCGGCAUCAUGGGUGCUGCCACCCUGGGAAAGGGUCUGGGCGGCAUUAUCCUGUCGCGCCUGUCGAGGUCGUACGGUACAGGCGUCACAGAAUCCGAGGGCGAUGCCGACACUGGGGAGGUUUCACCGACCGGCGAAUCCACAUCUGCAAGCCACGGGGAACAACACAGAGAGCCGUGCGAGCUACCGACAACACCACCGCCACUGCCGCUGCUGCCGCUCCCGCUGGUGCCGCCACCGCUGCCGAUGGAGCUGCCGAUCGGGAUGCCCGACGCGGAGCGGCUGAUGGCGCAGGUGCCGCUGAUGCACGGUGUGGGAGUGAGGCAGAUGCCGAGCGGAUUGCCGAACCCGGCGGAGUUGGAGCCCAUGCAGGCUACGGCGCAGGAAGGAGCUGGCCCCCCUCCCCCCGCGGUAGAGCUCGAGUACCGCAUGGACUUCGAGCUGCGCGAGGGACUGGUGGAGAGCCGCUACUGGUCGGCCGUGACGUCGCACACGUCGUACUGGAUGUCGCCGGACAUCGCGCUCUUCCUCCUCGCCUUCCUGUGGUCCGACGUGGAGCCGCAGCAGUCGUCGUGAGAGACGUCGCCGCGGGUCGUCUUGCGUCGUCGCGGCCUAACCCCAACCCCCCAAAAUCCCAAGAUGACGACGGUGCCGCCACCACCGCCACACCACUGCCACCACCGUCGCCAUCGCCAAUCGCCCAAUGUCGUUCUCGCUCUCAGAAAUGGUGAUCCGACGCCAGCCGAGAUGCUAAGCUGGCGGUGUUGGUAUUUGGUUGUUGUUGUUGAUGUUCGAGUUCACGUCGUCGUUGUUUGUUACGAAGAAAGAAGCGGGUGGAAGUUGUCGCGUUGACUGGCAGGCGAACGAGCGAGCGAGCGAGUGAGCGAGCGAGAACAACAGCGGCCGUCUUGUUUUGGAAUUAUGUCCGUCCGUUUUGUCCGUCCAUCCAUCCGAGACCGUUCGAACUGUGUUCCAGGAGUUCUGGAGCCUGACCGAAGUGCGCCCACGGUUGUAGCAAACUGGAGCGGCCGGUGCGAUCGACUGCGCACCGCCUUUUUGUUUCGUAUCCUGUGAGGCUGCGCGCCGCUAUUUUUGAGGAUAUUUGCACAAGUUCUGACAUCAACCGAAUCGUGAAUAGCACAGCACGAUAACCAAUAACCACCGCAAGUUUACACACGCGCACACACAAGGCGCGCGUGCGCACAGUCACGCGCACGCACACGGCAACGAUCGCGUCCACAAACCUCACACACAAAAACAACAAACGCAACUUCACACACGUUAACCAACAGCCACACGACUCGCAAACCUGCCAGUGACUUGGCGUGAAUGAAUUUGUGUGACCUCUCCGGUUUUACCCUCAGUUUGAUUGACACGCACAUAGAUGCAAACGUACUGUAUAUAUAAAAUACAAAAAAAUAAUGUGUAGGUGCUUAUAACCAUUAGCUGGUACAGAGUAAAGCUCAUGGGACAAUUUCCAAUGUCCUUUUAUUAACUGGUAAUAAUAUAAAUGAAUUUAUCAAGCGUCUGAAUGUGACCGCAUGUCUUGAUAUUUCUCUGGCAAAUGUGCCCUUAAAAAUUGUGGACAUGAGGUCGGGGUUGCCACCUGUCCUGGGUUGGCAAGGACACUCCAGGAAUUGGCGUCUUGUGAUUCGGGUGGCAGGAGUUGAUUUAUGCCGAGAUCUGGUAUCGGCAGAGCGGCGUUGCGUUGAAGUUUGUUGCGGUAGAAUGCAGCACAUUUGUGAGAUAAUAGACCUCAUGCUGACGGAGAAAUAUGUCCUGGUUUUUUUGUGUGACGUGAGGGUGGUGGUGGUGUUUUGCAGGUGGAAGACAAAAGGGAGGAGAGAAGGGAACACAUUAACAAUAAUUAUAUUUAUUCAGGAAAGACUCGCCUGAGACUCCGCACUCUUAUUCAGGAUGGUCCUGGGGAAUUCUGGAUUUUUGUUCAAUUCCGUGAAUGAUAUUCGUUUUCUUUAUGCGGAAUGAAACCCAGAGUACCCAGAGUUAACCCACUACGUAUUAAGAAGAGAGAAUAACAGUCAAAGCUCCGCACAGAUGGAUUCACUAAUCCAUUGUACUGCCAUCUCCAGGUCACCUCCGCAGUCCAAUCCUAAAAUACAUGGUAUUCCCAGGCAGUCUAUAAUUUCAGUACAAAUCCGGUUCAAUCUUGCUUAGCAUUUGACGAGAUCGGUGCAUUCAUGCAAUGAUUUUGGCGAAAACCUGGCUAGAAAAGGAGAGGGGUGGGGGGAGGUGGGUGGUAAGGAACGGCCUUUUCUGAAAUCGCAGCCGGGACUGUCCCAGCCAGGGAUGUUGGGUAGCCUUCACCUUAAUGUGAAUUUAGAGACUGAAUGGAGUAAGUCCAUUUAAGGAUCUUAAAAGCAUCAAGGACCGUCGUAUUUAAGUUGAUGCUGAAUUUUAACUGCGGUGCGAUCUGAAGCGCGAGAUACCUGUCAGUGGAGUAAGCAGCUAUGAUACACCACCUGUGGCUUUGUUAUCGCAAACUUAUGUCACGGUUUAUGCCAGGGGUGGCGGGAACCCAAUGGUCCACACGGGCCCAAUGUGGCCAACGACUUUAUUGUGUACGGCCCGUGGCUGCCACUGGAGGGUCACCAUUUCGAAAGGCAUCCUUGCAAACAACAUCUGUCCGCCACUGCAAGCGUCUUAAGCCGCCACUAAUCGUUUAUUGGAGAGAAAUUUUUUUCGACCUGGCGGCAGGUCACCAGUGUCACGGGGUGACGGCUGUGUGAGGUUAAUGCGCCUUUGGCCGGAGUUCAGGCCUUCAUUUUAGCCGGGUCUGUCCGGGUCGGCGAGCUGGAAAAUAUUUCCACACGUGGCACGCCACCUCCAGUAUACCUCUCGCGAUGUGGCUGUGGCUUACGAAUCGUGUGCCACCGAGUGAAAGUCUUUCGGCCGGUGACCCGAUUGAAAAAAGAAACCUCCGACGAGGGGCAAUAUUUUUGACCUGGCAACGCCGUUACUAAAUUUAGUGUCAUGCUCGAGUCAAUUCUGCUGCUGCCAGGGAACCAGCUCCCACCCCCCCAUAUGCGGUGCGUAAUUUUUCACAUUACUCUUGGAUAACUUGCGUUUAGGCGUGCAUCCGUUUUAGCCAUGACGUCUCAGCUGUGGGCAGCGGCGGCGCAGCGGUUAGAACCCGGCGACCCGAGAGUUCGAUUCCCGCUCACGGCUACCAAUGCCGGCGACGAUUAUCCGAACCGGUCCUGAGCCUCCCCUAGGUCAACUCGGCCUCACAUGAGUAUGCACCUGGUGCGGCGUGUAGUAAGCAUCGCCACUGGGGAGACGAAGGCGGCUGGGCGCGGUGCUGGCCACGCACCCCCUUCGUGUGCCGUCCCAGCCUUAAGAGGUGCUUGCCAACAAGCACUUGCCCCCAACAGUAUGUUAAAUGCUAUACGGGGGAUAUUUGUCUUGUUAUUGGGGGCAAGGAAAAUUAUCUCCACCCUUGGUUUAUGCCGACUGCGUAGAUUUAACAGAGAGUACCUGACUUUGCUGUCCUGUUUUUUAACCACCUGUCGUUUAUGUUUUCAUAGUAAAAAUUAUUAAUAUUUGAAAAAAAAGCUGUUACAUGUGCAGGGACACUACUUUGAGUAAAAAAAUAAAGGUUAUUUGGUGUUCCAGUGUUCACAAAUUAGCGUGGAGCCAGUGGUGUGAUUUCCACAUUCCUCUGGCCGAGGUACGUCCGUGGAAAAGGACAACCACUUGAUUUGCUGCCAAAUGAUGCAGCAUCAUCAUCGUCAACAUCGCCAAGCCUUGAUCAAUCCACUGCUGUAUGAAGGCUUUCCCAAGCCAUUGCCUUCUCUCACGAUCCUGCAGUGUAACAAACAGGAGCGCCUGAACUCACGAGCUGAUUUAAUUGCUUCAUCUCAACGCUCAGUCGACGUCCUGUCACACACGCACCCCCAUUCCUUGGCUGCCAUCCCAUGGUUUAUCCGUGACCAUCGUCAUAACGGCUUGGCUGCAGCGUCAUCAAAGUGCUACUAGUUUUAGUAACCACAGAGGCAAUAGAGUUGAUGAUGAUGAUGGGUAUGAGUCAACCCUGGCUGGGAUUUGAACUUAUGCUGGCCAUAUCUGGGGUGCGUAAGGUCUCAUGCUACACUUUCAGCGACGAUUCUUUGAUGCGAGUUCUGUGGAAAUGGCCAUAUUGUUGUUGAAUUUAACACUGUGGUGAAGGUUAGAAGCGUUAUUCGUUUGCCAUUGUAAUGCAAAACUCGACGAGAGUCUUAACAUUUUUGUUUUUAUUUUAUUAAAGGUGGCUCUUAGCUAAAGACGA